AUGUCCUCCUCACAGCCUGCGACAGCAGAUGUCGGCUACAUCACCGACCCGGGCCCGUUAGAGAAUACUUAUACUUCGGAUCUCAGCCUUCAACGGACACUAGCAUGGUAUCUACCAUCCGCUACAUUGGAAUCUGUACAACCGCAUCUCACACAGCUCGGUGCCGAGGCUAUUUCCGAGCAGGUUCGUGAAUGGAGCGCCGAUGCUGAGCGCAAUGUCCCAUACGUGAAGAGCCAUAACGUUUGGGGUAAACGAUAUGAUUAUGAUCGAUUAGUGACUACGGAAGGCUGGAAGCAACUGGGAAAAUGGGGUGCUCGGAACAGGAUCGUUUCAGCGGGCUAUGACCAGCGCUUAGGGGUCGAUAGAAGAAUGGUUCAGUAUGCGCUGACCUAUCUAUACUCUCCUUCUUCCGGACUCUACUCCUGUCCGAUUAGCAUGACCGAUGGUGCUGCUUUUAUUCUCUCAUCAAAAAUCAAGAAGCUGCCACCUACACAUCCUUUCCAUGCUGCAUUCCAGGGGCUUAUCUCCGAAAAGGAUGAUCACUGGACUUCGGGUCAGUGGAUGACUGAGAGAGCCGGUGGCAGCGAUGUCCAGAACACCGAAACAUGGGCUACAUACUCGCCGCUAGCCACCCCUGGCUCCGACCCCCUGGGUGAUGGCGACUACCUCGUCAGCGGAUUCAAAUUCUUCUCCUCGGCAACAGAUGCAAAUGUUGCUCUUUUGCUCGCGAAAAUGCCAUCCGGAAAGCUGAGCACGUUCCUCGCGCCAUUGCGACGGACCGUGCUGGGCGCUGACGGCGUCUCCAGAGUUGUGUCUAAUGGCGUCCGGAUCCACCGAUUGAAGAAUAAACUCGGUACCAAAGAAUUACCGACAGCUGAGUUGGAACUCAAGGACAUGCGUGCGCAUCUCCUUGGCGAAUUAGAUCAAGGCAUCGUCACUAUCGCGCCUCUUCUCAAUGUGACUCGACUUCACACCUUCAUUGGCUCGCUUGCUGGCUGGCGUCGAGCUAUCAGCAUCACGAAGAGCUUUGCGAAAGCAAGAACUACAGUUGGCGAGCCGCUCUGGUUGAUUCCAAUGCAUUUACGACUCCUCGCGGACUUGGAAGUAAGGCAUCGAGGUGGAAUGAAUCUUGCAUGGUUCACAGUUGCCCUAUUUGGAAUGGUUGAAGACCAAACAUUGCCAUCUGAUAAGCUCGCACAUUUACCUAAACCUGGUAAGGAAGCCGAGGUGGUUUUCCGUACCUUGACUGCCGCAGCCAAAGCUGUCAUUAGCAAAAUGACCACUGCAGGAAUUCAAGAAUGUCAGGAAUCUAUGGGUGGAGUUGGGUAUAUGGAUGAGGCUGAUGAACCAGAGUUUAACAUCUCUCGAAUUAUGCGUAAUAACGCAGUUAAUUCUAUCUGGGAGGGUACGACCAACGUGCUUGCCAGCGAGUUUAUCCGCUUCCUCAUCAGGAAGGACAAUCUGGAGAUAUUUGGAGCAUGGGUUGACCGAAUCUUCAGUCUGAUUCAGAGCGCAGAUCUCCGGAAUGCCCUGACGGCUGCAUGGUCGGCUUUGCGUGCUCGUUUUACAGCUCAGGAUCCUGCUUCAACUGUUGCCGAUGGCCGUCGCUUCAUGUUUACUUUAGCGUGGAUUUUAUCUGGUGCUCUUCUGGCCCUUGAUGCUGAACGUGAUAAUGACCCUGUGACAACAGAGAUUGCUCGACGCUGGGUUCUGUAUGCAGAAGGUGGUGUAGGUGACCAUGUGUUCCAUGAUAUUGUUACAAUUAGGAGCGCUGCUGGUGCUGCAUCUGGUGGCGAAGAACAUCUACAAUGGGACUGCCGCAUUGCUUGGGGAGUUGACCUGCCGGCAAACCGUGCAUCUGGCCACCGGUCAUUGCAAAAGGCAACUUCAAAGCUUUGA